AUGGCGAGCAGAGCGGACGAUGCAGCCGCCGUACUGCUGACGUCAGGCGCGAGCGGUAGAAUCAACGCCUUGUUUUCUCUGUACGCGCUGCGGAGCGUAUGGCGGCUGAUCAGCGCGUUCUUCCUCAUCCUCACGCUGCCGUUCCGCGGGAGGCGGCGGUCUGUGCAGGAGUCGGCCGAGAAAGGUAGCGGGAAGGAGGAGAAGUUUCCGGCCACGACAGGGAAGAUGGUGAAAGUUCCGGCGGCGAUGGUUCCGCGGAAAUGCGCGGCAGCAGCCGUCGGUAAGGACGUGGCCGCGCGGAGGGCGAUGGCGAUUCGGAGGGUGGUGGAGGGUAAUGAGGACGAGGGUUUUAGGAGUACAGUAAGGGAGUUUUCACUGCUUACAACUUCGAGAGGGGACACCAUUUUUACUCAGUCGUGGACCCCGGUUAAGGUUCAAGUUAGGGGUUUGGUAGUUCUCUUGCACGGCCUUAAUGAACACAGUGGUAGAUAUGAUGACUUUGCGAAGAAGCUGAAUGCAAAUGGCUUCAAGGUUUAUGGAAUGGAUUGGAUUGGACAUGGAGGAAGUGAUGGGCUGCACGCGUAUGUCCAUUCUCUAGAUUUUGCUGUUACCGACAUGAAAGCUUUUCUCACUAAGGUCCUAGCUGAAAAUCCAGCAGUUCCCUGCUUCUGCUUUGGGCAUUCAACUGGUGGAGCUAUAGUCUUAAAGGCUGCCCUUGAUUCCAAAGUGUGGCAGCAAAUAGCAGGCAUUGUUUUGACUUCGCCUGCAGUAGGAGUCCAACCUUCUCACCCAAUUUUUGCUAUGCUAGCUCCUGUUUUUUCCCUGCUGCUGCCGAGAUUCCAGUUCAGCGCAGCCAACAAGAGGGGCAUCGCAGUCUCGCGGGACCCGCAGGCGCUGGUCGCCAAGUACUCGGACCCGCUUGUGUUCACAGGGUCCAUUCGCGUCCGGACUGGCUAUGAGAUUCUAAGGGUCACAUCCUACCUUCAGCAGAACCUGAGCCGGUUGACCGUGCCACUGUUUGUCCUCCAUGGCAUGGCUGAUUCGGUCACCGACCCGCAGGCCACGCGCAAGCUCUAUGAGGAGGCUGCCUCAACUGACAAAACCAUCAAGCUUUAUGAAGGGCUGCUUCAUGAUUUGCUGUUUGAGCCUGAGAAGGAAGAAGUUGCCCAGAGUAUUAUUAUGUGGCUGAAUGAUAGAGUGAGAAACUGA